AUGACUAUUUCUCGCCUCUCCUCGGUGCUUUGCGCACUGGCUCUAGGCCAAUCUGUACUGGCAGCUCCCCAAUUGUCUCGCCGUGCUACAACUAGCUUGGACGCUUGGCUUGCCACCGAGACUACCGUCUCUCUUAAUGGAAUCUUGAACAACAUCGGAGCCAGCGGUGCUUAUGCUCAGAGCGCAAGCGCUGGUAUCGUUAUCGCCAGUCCCAGUACAAGCAGCCCGGACUAUUACUACACCUGGACCAGAGACUCCGCUCUCACUUUGAAGGUUCUGAUCGAUCUCUUCCGUAAUGGGGACCUCGCUCUGCAGACUAUCAUCGAGGAGUACGUCAAUGCACAGGCGCACCUGCAGACCGUCUCCAAUCCCUCUGGCGACCUCUCAAAUGGUGCUGGUCUCGCUGAGCCAAAGUUCAACGUUGACACGACCGCCUUCACUGGCUCUUGGGGACGUCCGCAACGCGACGGACCUGCGCUCCGUGCUAUUGCUUUGAUCGACUUUGGUAAUUGGUUGCUUGACAACGGAUACUCUAGCUAUGCUGUUAGCAACAUCUGGCCCAUUGUGCGCAACGAUCUGUCCUACGUUUCCCAGUACUGGAGUCAGAGCGGUUUUGAUCUCUGGGAAGAAGUCAACAGCAUGUCCUUCUUCACCGUCGCCAACCAGCACCGUGCUCUCGUCGAGGGAAGCACCUUUGCUGGCCGAGUUGGCGCAUCCUGCUCGUGGUGUGACUCUCAAGCUCCCCAGAUUCUCUGCUACUUGCAGACCUUUUGGACCGGAUCUUACAUCAACGCCAACACUGGCGGUGGUCGUUCCGGCAAGGAUGCCAACACUGUCUUGGCUAGUAUCAACACGUUUGAUCCCCAGGCCACCUGUGACGAUGUCACUUUCCAGCCUUGCUCACCUCGCGCACUCGCCAACCACAAAGUCUACACUGACUCGUUCCGCUCUGUCUAUUCCCUUGACUCUGGCAUCGCUGAGGGCGUUGCUGUCGCUGUGGGACGUUACCCUGAGGACUCAUAUUAUAAUGGUAAUCCGUGGUUCUUGACCACUCUCGCUGCUGCUGAACAAUUGUACGAUGCCAUUUAUCAAUGGAACAAGAUCGGCUCCAUCACCAUCACCAGUACCUCUCUGGCUUUCUUCAAGGAUGUCUACAGCUCUGCCGCUGUUGGUACCUACGCCUCUGGUAGCACUGCCUUCACAGCGAUCAUCAGCGCCGUCAAGACCUAUGCCGACGGAUAUGUCAGCAUUGUACAGACUCAUGCCUUGACCAACGGUUCUCUCUCCGAGCAGUUCGACAAGUCAGCCGGUACCGAGCUCUCCGCUCGUGACCUCACAUGGUCGUAUGCCGCUUUGCUCACUGCCAACAAUCGUCGUAACGGUAUCGUGCCUCCUUCCUGGGGCGCUGCUUCUGCCAACUCGGUUCCCAGCUCUUGCUCAACUGGCUCUGCCACUGGCACCUACAGCACUCCUACCGGAACCUCUUGGCCCAGCACCCUAACCAGCGGCACAGCAGGUACCACCACCACUUCUGCCACUACCACUACCUCCGUCUCAAAAACCACUACUACCACCACCAGCGCUACCUCUUGCACAACCCCGACCUCCGUAGCCGUCACCUUUGACGAAAUCGCAACAACCACCUACGGCGAAAACGUGUACAUUUCCGGCUCAAUUUCCCAGCUCGGUAGCUGGGAUACCAGCAAGGCCAUUGCACUCAGCGCUAGUGAAUAUACUUCCAGCGACAACCUCUGGUUCGUGACUAUCAGCCUGCCCGCUGGAACAACCUUCCAGUACAAGUAUAUUCGCAAGGAGUCAAGUGGGUCGAUUGUUUGGGAGAGUGAUCCUAACCGCUCGUAUACUGUGCCGUCCGGUUGUGGUGUUAGCACUGCUACUGAGAGCGAUACUUGGCGAUAG